GUCUUUCCCUUGUGACCUUGCACGGGUUCGGUUAAGCUCAGCAACCGCAGUUGUAACCUGGAACGAUCUCGGUAUUCUUUCGAUACCACGAGGUCGCCAACAAAUACAACUCGACUGCAGCCAUCAACUGCCUUCUGAUAUUUGACUUACGGAUAUAUUAUCGGUUAACUGGCACGAAGUCAUCCUGUAGUGCUGAUAAUAGUCAACCGCGACUCGACACCACACUACAACUGGUGAAUCAAAUCUAGGAAGAAGUCUCAACCUCCGGUCAAAUCUUCCAAAGAAGCCGAUUGCGGGCAACCAAGAAUAAAUCCUUUAGAAGAAGAAGAAGAGCAAGCUCUGCGUGCACUGAACCUACAGGAUGACUCAUAAGACUGUUCUGUAAACUAGAUCUCCCUUCUGUAUAUAACCCGCGAAUUUUCAAAUAAACGACUGGCAGUUCCCAUUCCGUGUUCUCUCUCUGGUGUGAAGUGCUCGGUUAACAUUGCGUGUGUUGUGGUUUUAGGUCUUCCCGCCUUUCAGUGACUGCUGAUUACAUGUGUUACAAUGGUUAUCAACCAGUUUGACAGGUUGACCUUGAAGGGAUCGGUAACCUACAACAUUGGAUGAUACCACUGAAGCAUUACCUCGACCAAUCACAUUGUUCAUAGUCCCUAUUUUUGCGUUGUGAUGUGCUUUAUACAUUUUGAAUAAAAUGCAGUCAAUGAGACGACUGAAGUUCUUUUUGCCAUAUUGUAUCAUAACAUUGGGGAGUGCGUUUCCUUUUGGAUAUCACAGUGGAGUGAUAAAUGCACCUGCUGACCUGAUCAAAAGCUUCAUAAAUACUACUCUGGUUGCUAGGUCAGUCACAUGUGAUGAACGUUGCAUCGACUUGAUAUGGUCACUCUGUGUUACGUCCUUCCUCCUUGGGGGAUUUUUUGGAGGCUUGAUUGGUGGCGUUUUGGCUAACAAGUUGGGCCGGAAAAAAUCACUAUUUCUGCUUUCUAUCCCAACUGUAAUUGGGUCACUCCUGAUGAUGUUUUCGAAAACGGCACAAUCUUUCGAAAUGAUUAUUGUUGGGAGAUUUACAAUUGGGAUAGCUUGUGGCGCUCAUACAGUCGUUGGGCCUAUGUUUUUGUCAGAAAUAGCUCCUGUCAAUUUCCGUGGAGCUGCGGGAACUUUCAAUCAGUUUGUGCUUGUUUUCGCUAUAUUGUUGUCACAAGUGCUUGGUCUGCCUGAAGUGAUGGGGACAACUGAAUUAUGGCCAUAUCUACUUGCUUUAUGUACCGUUUCCAGUGUCAUACAUAUUUUACUUCUGUCCACUUGUCCUGAAAGUCCUACUUACUUAUACAUUAUUAAAGGUGAUCGUCGAAGGUCAGAAAAUGCAUUGGUUUACCUUCGAGGGCAAGAUUGCGAUGUACAUGCUGAAUUAGAACUACUAAAAAUGGAGACACAACAGUCAUCUACACACAAAUCAAAUUUUUGCGACCUACUACGUAUUCCAUACUUGCGAUGGGGACUGAUUGUAGCUUUGGUACUACAUAUUGGCCAACAGUUUUCCGGUAUAAAUGGAAUUCUUUACUACUUCGUAAGUUUAUUCAUAUCGAAUGGGUUAACAAAACAAGUUGCAAGCUAUGCGAAUCUUGGUACUGGAGUUACUAUUCUAAUUGGUUCAUUGGCAUCCAUAUUUAUUAUCGAUCGGAAAGGCAGACGUCCUUUAUUAAUGUUUGGAAUAUCAGCUUGCCUUUUUAGCCUCUUACUAUUCACUUUAACUUUGAUUAUUAAACGAGUGACUGAAAUCAAUAAACUCACAAUUCUAUCUAUUGUAUUGACAUAUACGUUUUUAUUUGGAUUUUCAGUGAGUUUAGGUUCUAUUCCAUGGUUUUUGGUUUCUGAAUUGUUUACGCAAGAAAAUCGUGAUGCUGCUGUCUCUAUUGCUGCAGCAACCAACUGGUUAUGCAAUGCUAUUGUAGCAUUAAUAUUCCCACAGUUGGUUACCUAUAUUAGUAUUUAUGCUUUUAUACCGUUUAUAUGUGUAUUGUUGGCUGUAUUAAUAUUUGUCGGAUUGUAUCUACCUGAAACGAAAGGAAAAACGCCAGCUGCCAUCGAAGCUUACUUUAUGCGUCUUUAUGGUUUCCGUGGGACAGAAGUACAUGAAAAUCCAACAUUUACAGAUAUAAUAGAUGAUACAACACAAGCUUAGUUUGGUAACGGUGGCACUGAUGAUUUAGUUCACAAUUCACUUUGACAAGAAUAUUAUAUAUAUAUAUAUAUAUAUAUAUAUAUAUAUAUAU